ACCGUGACCCGGAAGCAGCCCGGGCAGAAGAGCAGUUGUGGCAGCUUUGGCCGAGGUUCGAACUCGAACUUGGAAAAUGCUAAUGGCGCCUCAGGGAAGGUCCUCCUCAAAGAAAAGGAUGGGGUUGAAUCGCUGGAAACGCUUCACAAGGCAGCCGAGUCCCCAGCCUGCUUUUGGUCCUGACAAUGUGGAACACUGGAUAAAGAGAGUGGAGAAAGCCUCAGAAUUUGCAGUGUCAAAUGAAUUUUUUACUAGAAAUUCAGAUUUACCCAGAAGUCCCUGGGGCCAAAUCACAGAUUGGAAAACAUCUGAGCAAAUAGAGGAUCAUGAUGAAAUCUAUGCAGAAGCUCAGGAGCUGGUCAAUGACUGGUUAGACUCCAAACUUAAGCAAGAAUUAGCAAGUGAUGAAGAAGGUGAUGCUAAAAACACUGUGUCAAGUGUCACUCUUGUGCCAGAAGCCAAUGACCAUUUGAAAUAUGACAAGUUUGAUGAUUUAUGUGGCUAUUUGGAGGAAGAAGAGGAAAGUACCACCGUUCAAAAAUUUAUAGACCAUCUGCUCCAUAAAAAUGUGGUAGAUUCUGCAAUGAUGGAAGAUCUUGGAAGGAAGGAAAACCAAGACAAGAAGCAGCAGAAGGAUCCUCGUCUUACCAUGGAGAUGAGACAUAAGCAGGUAAAAGAAAAUCGCUUAAGACGUGAGAAAGAACUAGAGUACCAGAGAAUAGAAAAGACCCUGAAAAAAUCGGCCUUCUUGGAGGCUCAGUGUCUGGUGCAAGAAGAGAAGAAAAGGAAGGCUCUGGAGGCCAGGAAAGAGGAAGAGGAGAUUCAAAGGGAGAUGGUGAAGCUGCGGAAGGAGAUAAUUGAGAGGAGACGCACUGUGAAAGAAGCAUGGAAAAUAGAGAAGAAAAGGCAAGAAGAGAAUUCUCAAAAUAGUUCAGAAAAAGUCAUGUUUCAAAGUACUCACAUUCUUCUGGAUGAGGAAAAAAUGGCAAAAGAAAGAAAAAGGAAAUUGAAAGAAUUAUUAAUCCAAACUUUCAAAGAAAAUCAACAGUGUCAAAAACGGUAUUUCUCUGCCUGGCACAAGCUGAUUCUUGAUCAUAGGAUUAAGCUGGGGAAAGCUGGGACCCUGUCUGACUGGAAGAUUCAGCUGAAGGUCCUGAGGGCCUGGAGAGACUACACAAGAUCCCAGAAGUUGGAGCGGGAGACUCAAGCCUUGGAAAAUGAUCUUAGGGAAGAAAACAGAAAACAACAGCUGGCCACUGAACAUAACCGGAAACAAGUUCUCCGACACUGCUUUACAGAAUGGCAGCAUUGGUGUGGCGCCGAGCUCCUGAAGAGAGAGCUGGCCCUCACAAAAGAGAAAAAUAGGAAGAAGAUGGAUGCACUGCUGAAGGCAGCAUCACUGGGAAAACUCAGUGCCAGUGAGUCAUCAGGUAUCAGUCUCCCCGAGGAGGCAACAGCCGUGGUGGGUCCACCAGUAAGAAAUGGACAGGUGACUGCUGUGCCCCCUUUAUGGGAAAAGCCUCCCUUCGGAAGCAGUGGUUGUAGGCUCAGUCCUCCCCUAGGAAGAACAACAACAGGCAACUUGCAGGGUUCCCUUCAGAAUGUCCCUUUGAGUGCACCUGGCAAUAAGCAGCACAAGACCCUGGGUGCUGAACACUCUCAACUGCCUGGCAGCAACGAGACGCUCGGAACCACCAGCCAGAAAGCAGAACCGCUUUGCUUGGGUCAUUUCCACAGCCGCCAUGUCUUCCAGCAGCAGCUGAUUGAGAAGCAAAAGAAGAAACUUCAGGAACAGCAGAAAACAAUUCUCGAGCUGAAGAAAAACCAGCAGCUGGCAGAGGCUCAGUGGGCAGCAGAGCAUGCCUCAGCAGUCACAGACACACAGAGCCACCUGCUGUCAAAGCCCAGAGGAGAAGAGGAACCAAGAACCUGCCAGAUGCUUGUGAAUUCACCUGUUGCUUCCCCUGGGACUGAAGGCAGUAGAAGUGACUCCCGAAAUUCUCUUUCUGGACGCAAAAGGAAACCAAAGCAAUUGACACCACAUCCCAUACUAAAAGCUAUGGAAGAGAGAGCAAUUCAACGGGCUGAACGUAGGCGGAUCUUGGCAGAGAAGAAGAAAAAACAAGAAGAAGAAAAAUUGGCCCAGUUAAAGGCCCAAGAGGAGGAACGUCAGAAAAGGGAGGCAGAAGAAAAGGAGGCACAGCUUGAAAGAAAACGAGAAGAGAAGAGACUGAAGAAAAUGAGAAACCAUGCCAUGUAUUGGAUACUGUUUAAGAGGAUGUACGGACUUCUGAAGAACCUUCCCGAGCCCUGCAAGAAAGAACUUGAGAAGCAGAAGAGAAUUAAGAGGAACCAGCAGCUGGAAGCAAUAGCCAAAGAACAUUAUGAAGGUGUCUUGCUAAGGAAAAAAGGUCUAGAGCCUUGGAAGAUAUUGAGAAUGCAAAGCAAACAAAACAUGCAGGUGGCAGAAGAACAUUACUCUUUGUUCCUGCAGAGGAAGUAUCUGCUGACCUGGUUCCAGUGUAGUCAGGAAAGUCUGGCUAGAAAGAUGGCCCAGGCUGAUCAAUUUUAUUCCCAAAUACUGCUUAAGAGAGUCAUCCGGAGCUGGCUACAGUACAUGACUGAUCUGCAGGAAGAAGUAAGAAAAUUCUGUGUACAUUUUCUUCAGAAGAAGAUUUUCAGGGCCUGGUUUAACAUGGUCAGGGAGGUGAAGAUCGAUUCUCAGGGCAAGCAUGAGAUUGCAGCGGAGCACAGUGGCAGGAGGAUCCUCUGGAUCACCUUUCGGACAUGGAAGAAGUUUGUAAAAUUUAUGAAAGAGGAAAGAGUGAAAGAAGAAAGGCGACAGCAACUUCGUAGGAAGGUAGUUGAAAUUCUUCCAGACUUCCAGGUGCCUGGAAGCGACCAUGAGCUGUACCAGCAAUCAGAUACUUGGUCCUUGAGUAAGACAAGUCUUUUGUGAACCAAUGGAACCAGAUUAGUGUAAUACUUAGGACGGGAAGCUCGACUGGUCCAUAAUAUGUGUGUUAUCUCCACCCACCCACACACAUAAAUACAUACACCUGGUUAACUCUCUAUGCGCUACUUCUUAGAUCAAAGGAAUUAUUUUGAGAAUUUUUAUUUCCUUCUUUGACUUUUCCUGGAUUGCUAGUCAUUCACUGUAGCAUUUAUCACAGUGGGAUCAUCCAAAGGAAUAUUCUAGAGAUCCUCUGUUCAAAUAUAUCCUAUAUAUUUUUAGCAUAGUAAACUUUAAAAAGGACAAGUGUUUGCCUGACUGAGCCUGUGAAGAAAAACGUGUCCAUAUAGCUUAACAUGAGUUGUUGAUAAAUGUGACCUUAAUUAAAUAGAAAUAAAAAGUAGUGAGUACUUAGAAAAGGAAAGGAGGCCAAGGCAGUCAGUCUUCUAGUACAUUAGCAUCACUGACAGGCACCCUACCAGACCUUGUCCAUUUUAACCACCCCUGAUGGCAGACCAUGUAUGCAAAUGUUCUCUACACUGCUGCUGCAGGGGAUAGCAGCUUAUCCUGAUUUCAGAGAAACUGAGGCACCAGAGAUACUUCUCUUCAGUGCACCUUGAUAAGCAUGAAGGAAAUUCUAAAAGGUAAUAACUCUAUCAUGACAGUCUAGCAAUUCAUUAAAUUAUCUGUUGAUGCUCCCAACUGCAACUGCUGAAUAAUACACUCAGUUUGUCUUCUAGUACUCAGCUCAGUUUGAUCUAGAUACUGAGAUACUUACCUUGAAUUCAAAGAAUGUUUUCAUCUUUAAGGUGCUAUAAAGACUUAUAAAAUGCUCUAUGAACUGUUAGAGAAUUACCUGCUAGAAAAAUAAUUUUUCAUUAUAAAAUACAUGUUUAUUAUGACAAAUUCAAGUAGCCCAUAAAUGCAUAUGGUAAAAUGAAAGUCCUAUGCAGUCCUGAGAUGACUACUCUUAUGGUGUGCUGAAAAUUUGAGUUGGCAAAAUAAAAUUCUGUGGUUAAGUGAA